GCGGUGAGGACGCUCUCAGUGAAGGAAGGAAGGGUUUGUGGAAACUUGAGGACAUGCGGCGUCUUCUGCAAACUUUCCGCAAACCAAACUUUCUCCGAGCCGAAGAAGGAGCCGAGGUGUGAAGAAUGAACUGAAGCGAGGCGGAGAGGAAAAGCGGCGAGGCGGCGGACAAGAGCCGUUCACUCCCAUUGAUCCUUUAUCGAGGGCUCCUGCUGUAACGAUGCAGGCUGCUGCUGCUGCUGCUGCCGUGGCUCUGACUGCGCUGAGCGUCUUCCUCAGCCUGGACGGCCUGCUCGCUCAUCAGUCCCAACCAAACCAGAUGCAGCAGCAGAACGACAGAAACACUCAGAAUGAGGAGGCAGCUCAGGAGAAGAAGAACCAGCCGCACAUCAUAUUCAUCCUCACAGACGAUCAGGGUUUCAACGACAUCGGCUACCACAACCCGACCAUCAAGACUCCCACUCUGGACAAACUGGCAGCAGAAGGGGUUAAACUGGAAAACUACUACGUUCAGCCCAUCUGCACUCCGUCUCGCAGCCAGCUCAUCACCGGCAGAUAUCAGAUCCACACAGGAUUACAGCACUCCAUUAUCAGACCCAGCCAGCCCAGCUGUUUGCCCUCGCACAUGGACACUCUGCCCGAGAGGCUCCGCGAGGCUGGAUACGCCACGCACAUGGUCGGCAAGUGGCACCUGGGCUUCUACAGGAAAGCAUGUCUGCCCACCAGAAAAGGUUUUGACAGUUUCUUUGGUUCCUUAACAGGAAGUGUGGAUUACUACAGUUAUGGGUCCUGCGAUGGCCCGGGGUUGUGCGGCUACGAUCUUCAUGACGACGAGGGCGUGGCGUGGGGUCAGGAGGGGAAAUACUCCACCACGCUCUUCACGCAGCGAGCUCGCAAGAUCAUCGAGAGCCACGACCCCACCGACAGGCCGCUCUUCCUGCUGCUUUCCCUGCAGGCAGUCCACACUCCUCUACAGCCUCCCAAGUCCUACAUAUACCCCUACCGGGACAUGGCUAACGUCGCCAGGAGAAAGUUUGCCGCCAUGGUUUCCACAGUGGACGAGGCGGUCAGAAAUGUCACCUACGCCCUCAGAAAAUACGGAUAUUACCGAAACAGCGUAAUCAUCUACUCCACCGAUAAUGGGGCUCAGCCGUUCACAGGCGGGAGCAACUGGCCGCUACGAGGCCGUAAGGGCACAUAUUGGGAGGGUGGAGUCCGCGGAGUAGCGUUCGUCCACAGCCCUCUGCUGAGACGCAGGAGACGAGUUUCUAAAGAUCUUCUCCACAUCACUGACUGGUUCCCCACACUGGUCGGCCUGGCCGGAGGGAACAUCAGCCAGAGUCCCGGUCUGGAUGGUUUUGACGUCUGGCCCACCAUCAGCGAGGGGAAAGAGUCACCUCGACGCGAGAUCCUUCACAACAUUGACCCUCUGCACAAACCUCCUACUCAAACCAUGAGCUGGGAUGCCAGCAAAGAGAAACCUUUGGUGAGAACACCAAAAGGCACAGCACUGAAGAAGCCGAAGAAGAAGAAGGUUUUGAAGCAACAGCCCAAACAAAAGUCAGCAUUUAAGUUAAAGACCACCAAGAAACCUCGGACAUUUGCCCAGCAUGCUGCCAAAUCUAAAUCCAAGCCCCUUCCCAAAUCGAAGCUUAAGCCCCUUCCCAAAUCAAAACCCACAUCUAAAUCCAAGACCAAAGCUCACUCUCACCGCCAGACCCUUUCCCAUUACAUGCCAAAUCCGAAGAUUAGCUCCAGUGGUGCUCCGUCAGUGUCAGGAACAUCCCGCCCCAAAUCUCCGCCUCGAGGCCAAUCACAUUUGAAGACAAAAUCCAGGCGGACCACAACUCAGAACCAGAAUUUGUCACAGUUUGGACCAGCUCUGCCAAGAUCCAAGACUCAGCUCAAACUACAUUUCAAGGCAAAAUCCAGGCGGACACCAUUCCAGUACCAGAACAUUUCCCAGCCAGGAACACAGCUGCCCAAAUCCCAUCCAACUGCCUCUGUUGGUCUCCAGCCGGUGUGGGACACGUCUGUCCAGGCUGCCAUCAGAGUCGGAGACUGGAAGCUGCUAACAGGAGAUCCAGGUCACGGAGACUGGGUCCCUCCACAGGUGCUUCCAACCCUCCCUGGUCGCUGGUGGAACCUUGAACGCACCACGUUGCCUUUCUACAAAUCCUCCGCCCACAAAAACGUCUGGCUCUUCAACAUCACAGGCGACCCGUACGAGCGCCAUGACCUUGCAGACCAGAGGCCAGAUGUGGUCCAACUGCUGUUGGCGCGACUUGCCUACUACAACCAAACAGCAGUGCCAGUUUACUUUCCACCCGACGACCCCCGAGCCAACCCCAGCCGGCACGGAGGAGCCUGGGUGCCCUGGGCGGACGAAGGGGAGGACGAGGAGGGUAAAUAUCAAGGAGUGUACAAGAAAGGUAAGAACGUCAAGAAGAAGAGGAAGAAAAAGAAGUGCCGGCUGUGCAAACUGAAGUCGUUCUUUCUGAAACUGAACACCGGGAUGAUGUCAAAUCGCAUUUGAGGUGCCAACUCAGCCAGGUGAACGUUUUCAGUUAUGAAAGACUUCAAACUUUGAAAAAGGUUUUUACAUUGUUGGAUCUUUGUGCUCUUUAAGUUCAGCUGAAGUUAAUCUGUUACACAAACUUUCAGAGAUAUAUGACUUUUAUUUGUGUCAUUUUCACGUCAAAACUGUUGACUUUGUUUUUGUUUUUAAGAAGUGUAAAUCUCAAAAUUAAGAGUACAGAUAAAUAUAAGGACGUCUUGGUUUUAGAGGCAGCAUAUCUACUGUCCAAGAUGUGAUCUGAGGUGACGCUGACGGUCCAGCUGGAAUGUCAAGAUCGCUUCACUGAAAUUUAAAGGGUCAGUCCACUCAAAUUCUAAUCACGUAUUUGCUCAAAUAGUUGGAUGGAGGUAUGAGUUAAUGUAAAAAGAGGUUGGAAGUUUCUUAGAUGUCUGGCAUCUUGGAUGUGAACAGAUCUCUGUUGAGUUUAGAUACAAGGUGUGAUCAAAAAGUUUAGAGAGUUUGCCAAUAAAAAUCUGAAAGACUACCAGAUUUGGAAACACUCUCUGGAAGUCCCGUUCUGUGAGUCAAGCAGCAGGUACGAUGGCCGCUGCAUCUCCUAAAAUGUGUAGAAAUGGCAGCUUGGAUUUCAUUGUGGGGAGGAGGAGGAAGUCAUAAGGAGCCAAAUCUGGCAAGUAGGACAGGUGCUGGGUGACCAUUGUGAUGUUGUGGCCAAAAACUUUGCAUUGAAGCGCCCACAUACUAGUGGACCACAGCUCAGUUGGUUUGCUCCAGAUAUUUCCCGUCAGAUGCCUCAGGACAUGACUGCAUAACUGACAAACAUUCUGUGCACUAUCACGUGAAUGUUGGCGAAAAAAGAAAGCAUGCUCCUGACUUUUGGAAACUUUAGCCCUUCCACUGUGAAACUAUCUCUUCUACAGUGGUAGCCGCAGACCCACCUCUCGUCACCAGUCACGAUCCCAGACAUCAAGGUUGAAUCAUCCUGACAGAAUGUUUUCUACUCUGCACCAGUUUGUAGUUGAUGCAGAAAUCGCAAAAGGCUCCCACUUGUGAUCACAAAACCAUGGGUAACACAGGUUUCAUUGAUGAUGCAACGUCAUGCAGUCUCCUGGCACUCGACAGUGAUACAGGAUGAUACAGGAACAGUCCCAGAACUUUUUGAUCUUGCCAUGUAAUCGACAUUUAGUGAUCAUACUUGGCUAUAAAACAGUAGAAAACCUCAGCGAAUGAAACUGAAACAGUUAAGUUUAAAAAUCUGUAUAGCGAUUUGGAUGAACUGACCCUUUAGAGUUAGAAACACACCAGUGGCAUGCUGCUCAGAAACUGUUCUCUGAGUUUAAACCUGCUUGUGUCGGCUGUUUUGUUUUCUGUUACUUCAUUUUUAAUUUUUUGUCACAAACUGACAGAGUUCCUGGUACAAGAACUGACACUGUGCUGCAGUAAAAUGUAUUUUGACACUGUAAAUAUAGUUGAUUAAUUAUGUUGAACUUUGAGCAACCAGGAAGCCAGAAAUGUUUGAGGAAAGUGAUUUAGAAAAGUUUUAUGUUGUUUACACCUUUACUUCAGUCGCCCAAAUCAGGGUUUUUAAGCAGAUGUUUACUUAUGGCAUUGAAAAUGCAUGUCAAUGACAAUUCUAUAUAUCUCUCACCUUGUUGUUUUUCUUUGUACCAGUGUGCCAUAAACAAGGAAACAUUGGAAAGGAGUUUUAAUAUAUGUAUUUUUUAUAUUUUCACAGGGAUUCCAGAUGUGUUUCUGAUGUUUGUGGCGUGUUGGUUUUCUCUGUGCGUAUUGCUGUGGCUGAAACACGCCUCUUGAUACUGUGGUUGUUUGAAUGUACUGCCAAUGGCAAGCGUCUUAUAAUAACUCUGAAUUUAAAGUAUUACACGAUGUUUUGAAUUCACUACUGUGAGCAGCACAAACUGUCAUUCGAACGUGUUAUUUCACAGCUUACACACAAUAUCAGUAUAUUUUUUACAACACCGAGCGACAACAUGAAACCAAACUGGCUGAGAGUUUUAUUUGUUUUAAGGAAUAAUCACAAAAAUAUCUCAGUGUCAGAAAACACUGAAUUAAGGUAAGAAGGUGACGUUUUAGCAGGAAACUUAAAACACUCACUGCUCUGGUUUUACUGUCCCCUUAACACCUGUGUACCAGUCUGUCCAGUCCAAUAAACACACAGCCCAGUUCAAGCUGCAGUAAAUGUCACUCCCACCUGCUCAGAACGCUACCAGUUUCUUAUUAAUGUAAAAGAUCAGGAGGAUUUUCUGUUGUCAAUAAAAGCCAGAGUAUUCAGAAGACAGGAGGAGGAAGUAAGAAGUGUUUACCAGCAUCAGCAGCCUCUUUGAAGUCAGAUGUUGGUUUUCUCCCCUCGAGCAGGACACCUAGCCUCUAAAUAUUUCAGUGUAUUUGCUCAAUAACUAACAAACCACGACUGUGGCUGUUCUGCAACAGUGCACGGCAGUGUGAGCGCCGAGCCGAGCGCUCCUGAGAAAUGGUUUAAAUGGACGCUUGAUUUCUCCACCCUGAGUAAAUAAAGGUCAAGUAAAAUGAA